AUGGAUAGAGGGAUUUUACAUAAACGUUUAACUGCUCGUUCUUGUUUAUUAGAUAAUAUGGAGAAUUUACGUCUUUCAGAUUUUUGGACAGAAAAUGAUCCCGGAGAUUUAAAUCUUUUUCAAAGAAAUUUACCUAAUUCUAUUAGUCAAAGGACUAUUAUGUUUAGUGAUGGAUGGCGUUAUUUGCCAGCAGAGACGUUAAUUAACAACCAAUUUGAUUGUACUUCUCAAGUUUGGACUUUUGGUCUAUUAAUAUGGCAAAUAUAUACUCAUCACCAAUUUGGAAAUAGAAUUAUUUAUUCAAGUAUGGAAGAAUUUCUAUCUUUAACGGCUGGAAGGGAUGACCCUUAUUUUAUGCCUGGACAUUUAAACAAAAAAGAAUCCCAACAAGGAAUGCCUGAACAACGUAGACGUAAAGCUGUUUUUCUUAAAGCUUCAGAACAACUUCCCCAUCCACCCGAAUCUCUCGCUAAAAUCAUUCCUUCCGCUCUUCUACCUGAUCGUUCUGAACGACCUUAUUUUUCCGAAAUUUUUCGCAUUUUGGAAUGUGAAAAAAGAAUUCUUGAUUUGGCUCAUGUGAUUGGACGUUUCUUUUAA